UGGUCACACCAGAGUAUUACCUCCAAAAGAACACGAAGAAGAAGAUAAACGAACUUCAAGAAAUCUCCAUCUUCAUCACUCCUAAAAUUCAAUUGAAUUUCAAGAAUCCAAGAAUCUAAAUGAACAAAUAAAAAACCCUAAUCAAGAAACCAAAUAAAAUGUCAUCAGUUACUUCAACUUCUCUACUCACUGCUCAUUCACUAUCUCCUAAAUCUUUUCCCCCUUCAAGAUUCCAUCAUUUUCCAAUUUCACACCCUUCAAAUUUCUCAAAAUCCCUUUCACACCCCCAAACUUACAUUUCAAGCAAAACCCUAACAGCAAUUUGUUCUAAAUCAUCAGAAGCAGAGGAGGAAUUGUCAGCUACUGAAGAAGAUGAGUGGCUCAAGAAACUUCCUGACAAGAAAAAGCCUCUGUAUUCUCAUAGCUUGCCUUGCAUUGAGGCUUGGCUUAAAGAAUUAGGGUUUUAUCAGAGCAAGGAUGACCGUGCUGUUUGGUUGAUUGAAAAGUUUGAGUGGAAUGCCCAGUUAUCUCUUGAUAUAACUGACUUAUAUAUAAGGUAUUUGAAGAGUGGACCAGGUAAUCUUGAAAAGGAUGUUGAGAGGAGAUUCAGUUAUGCAUUGAGCAGGGAGGACAUUGAGAAUGCUAUACUUGGAGGACCAUAGAGAAGUUGAGAAGAACAAUAUUCUUGCCAUUCUAUGUUCUAGCCAUCCAUAAGAAUUUAAUUUCUCCAGGAAUCGCAUUUGUUGUCAUAUCACCAAGUAUGUCAUAACUAAAUCUCCCAUUUUUGCAAUUUGCUGCUCUGUGCAUUUACAACAUCAGCUGUGCACCCACAUUUUGUGUACACUUUCGUGUAUAUGUAGAAUCGGAAGGAAAAUAUCACAAUUUUUAGGUUUCUUGUUUCUGCUUGCA